AUGAAAUUAGAAGACAUCUACGGGUGCCCUUAUGACUUUAUUGAAGUGUUCGAUGGACGGCAAGUUGCCUCACUCUCCAUGGGCAGAUUUUGUGCUGGGGCAGAGCUCACCUUCCUCUCCUCUUCAAACAUCAUGACUGUGGUGUUCAGAAGUGAUGCCAUGAUCACCAACACAGGGUUUUAUGCUCUGUACAAUGCCAUUCAACAAGAUGAAAGGGAGAGUGGUGCAUCCCUGAGACUGGUGAAUGGCAGUCACAGGUGUGAGGGCCGGGUGGAGGUCUUCUACAAUGGCACCUGGGGCACAGUGUGUGAUGACAGCUGGGACAUAACAGACGCCAGGGUGGUGUGCCAACAGCUUGGCUGUGGUGAGGCCUUGUCAGCCCCAGCUCAGAGCUACUUUGAUGGAGGCACUGGCCACAUCAUGCUGGAUGAUAUGCAGUGCAUGGGGAAUGAAGCCAGGCUGUGGCAAUGCACACACAAUGGAUGGUUCUCCCACAACUGCGGGCACCAUGAGGAUGCCAGCGCCAUCUGCUCAGUAUUCACCUCCUCCUCAAAUCGCUUGACGGUGGUUUUCCACAGCGACGCUAUUGUCACCAACAUGGGCUUUUUUGCAUCCUAUGAGUCUCUUGUGCAAGACGAGAACAAUACCGAUGUGGCCCUCAGGCUGGCCGGAGGCAGCCACCGGUGCGAGGGCCGCGUGGAGCUGCACUACAACGGCACCUGGGGGACCGUGUGUGACGACAGCUGGGACCCGCGUGACGCGCAGGUGGUGUGCAGGCAGCUGGCCUGCGGCAGGGCGGUGUCGGCCCCCGGCAGGGCGCAUUUCCACCAAGGUGUGGGCCCCAUUGCUCUGGACGACGUGGAGUGCGUGGGGACGGAAGCCAGGCUGUGGCAGUGCCUGCACAGCGGCUGGUUCUCCCACAACUGCGGCCACCACGAGGAUGCCGGCGUCAUCUGCUCAGGUGGGCUUGAUGCUGACACAAGCGGGUGGGCGAAAUGA